UAAAGUUGAUGACGUCAUCGGGCGCUCCAAAAAUGGCGGAGUCGGGGGAGGAGGUGGACGUGUUAGUCCAGAGAGUUGUGAAAGACAUAACUAAUGCCUUCAAGAGAAACCCAAACAUUGAUGAGAUUGGGUUGAUCCCUUGUCCAGAGGCCCGUUACAACCGCAGCCCCAUCGUACUGGUGGAGAACAAGUUGGGCGUAGAGAGCUGGUGUGUCAAGUUCCUGCUACCCUACGUCCACAACAAGCUGCUGCUCUACCGACAGCGCAAACACUGGCUGGAGCGGGAAGCUCUAGUGGAUAUCACCUGCACUCUGCUGCUGCUCAAUCCUGACUUCACCACCGCUUGGAAUGUCAGGAAGGAGCUGCUGCAGUGUGGGGUUCUUAACCCAGAGAAAGACCUCUACCUGGGCAAGUUGGCCCUCACCAAAUUCCCCAAGAGCCCUGAAACAUGGAUACACCGACGUUGGGUGCUCCAGCAGAUCCUGCGGCAAUGCUCUGCCUUGGGACGUAGCAGGAAGCAGCAGGGAGAAGCAGGCCAGGGUGAUGCAGAGAGGAGCCAGCAGCUUAGUGAUCACCUGGCCAGGACGCUACACCAAGAAAUGAAAGUGUGCUCUGAUGCUGCCUGCCGCUACCCAAGCAACUACAAUGCCUGGUCCCACCGCAUCUGGGUGCUGCAGCACAUGGCGAAAGGCAACGUCAAGGUUUUCCACGAUGAGUUGUCCUCUAUGCGCCUAUGGGUGUCCAUGCAUGUGUCUGACCACAGUGGCUUCCAUUACCGCCAGUUCUUGCUCAAGGAGCUGAUCACUGAGCUCUCCCAGGCUCCGGCUUCCACCACAAUCAGCACCAGUUCGCCCCAGCAUCGACCCAGCAACAAUCCCCACCAUCAAGGCCACCUCCAGGCCAAUGGGGAGAUGUCAGGAGCAGAGGGAGUUUGUGAGGAGGAAAGGCAGCCUGGCUUCACCGUGGUGCUCCAACUCUUCCAUGAUGAAAUGGAGCUGUGCACUGACCUGAUCCAGUCCUUCCCGGGCCAUGAGACACUGUGGUGUCACAGGCGGCAUGUCUUCUACUUGUGGCACCAUUGGAGGAGGGAACACCAGCACCACCACUGCACCAGCAAUGGGGGCACGGAGUCAGUCAACCUUAACAGCACUGACCCAGGCCUGGCUAAGGCUAGCGAACGAGGCUGCGAAGGCAGGGGGGAUAGCGUGAAUGGACAGCUACAUGCUACUGACGCUAUGGAGGUGGAUGCGGUGUCCCUGCCAGACCCCCGUGAUACCAAGCGUCUAAAGAGAGGCAUCCUGUCCCCGUGCCCCCCGGCCCUGCCCUCUGAGCACAGCUUUGUAUCUGGUGUACUGGAUAGCUGCAACAGCCCAGAGCAGAGACGCUUCGCCCGAGCAUACAAGAAAUGGUUAGACACUGUCAUUGGCCAGCAGCCUUGAAAGAGAGACAACUAAUCCCAUCCUCUUUCCUUUCUCAACGUUGAAGUUGCCUUUAGACACAGACAUAGAAUCAGCUUACCCAUCCCCCAGUGCUAACCUUAACUACUAUUUGUCAAAUGCAGCGAUGACUUUUGAUAAGGGUCUUGGUGCAACAUUGUUAAUCCCUGUCCUCUUGACAGUGACUUGAGAGGAUGGGGUCUUAGAUCAAGGCAGUUGUGGUGCCAUCCAGUCUGUUCUUCCUGGAUUCUCCGGCAGAGCUUUGUCUGAGCCAAUAACCCCUUCAGAAUGGAAAUCUGCAUACACCUCGCAAAGAGCACUGGCUUGCCUGUGUCUGUCAGUACAUUGUGUCUUAUUUCAGGUAUCACAAUGCCUCAGGUCUCUCAACAAUAUAAAGGACACAUAUUCACACAUCCCAAGUCCAAACUUUAAUGCUGCUUUUGUUCACCAGUUUGGCAAUCAACUGCACCCACUUCCAAUUUCUUGUAAUGUAUUUAAGCAAAUGAACUAAAUGAAACUGCCACUUGUUACAGGACAGAUGUGUGAGGGGUGAGAGUAGAGCACAGCUUGUGUGAAUCUAACUCAGUCAAAAAAAAAAAAAAAAAAAGCUUAAUUAAAAUUUCAACAACGUUAUUAUGAAAUGGAGUGAUAUUGUUUGGCUGUGUGAUUUAUAAUGAAAGACCGUUUUAAUGUUUGUUAAAGA